AUGUCUUCCGCGCUUACUCCAUCCACCAUAAACGCCCACCACGUAGGCGAAUUCAUCUACCGCUACCUCAAGAACGAGUACUCCUGCUGGCGCCGCCACCCCAAACACGACUACAGCACCAUGGCAACAGCCCCCGAACAACGGUGGAUGCAUCUCGGAUCGGCCCUCACGAACGACCUCACCAACCCUCACGUCGUCCGCUUGCAGGAGCUCCACGAAUACAACCUCCUCACCUCAAAGGCGCAAAGCUUCCUCGAGCAGCGCCUCAUGGAGUUCGCACGCCGCGGCCGCUUCUCCCGCCGCCGCACCAAGUACGCCCGCAGCGACGACACGCGCAGCAUCGUGCGCGAGCUGCACAUCGCCGCAGAGCUUGUUGCUGUGUUCUUUCCGCCGAUGCCGAUGCCGUGGCGUUACAGGGAGGGGAAGCCGCUGAUGAGACGCGGGGUCAAGGCGCGUUGGCUGGUUGAUGGGUUUGGGGCGAGUUUGGGGAUGACGACUGUCAUGUGGGCCACGGAGAUCGUGGUGAGGGAGAGAGAGAACAACCGGACGGCGAUGCAGCUUGGACGACUGAUGAGGGAAGGGCGGCAGCGGGAGGAGUGCCCGUAUUGUGUUGCGGCCGUCGAGCAUGUGAAGCAUGAGGAGCCGUUGCCGGUGUAUGAGGAGGAAGGCGCGUGUGCGUGGCAGAGCGAUGAGGGCUUGCCGAGCUAUGAUGAAGCUGCGCCUUUGGAAUGA